AUGGUUGAAGAUACCCAUGCCGCCGAUGCUGUGCCUCGGCGUUGUUCAUUACCGUCUAACAUCGCGUCGGGACUUAGUGCAUUGAGCUCAUUUUGCACCAACGAUGGGGAGAGAAAUAACGACCAGUCAUCUCGCCGCCUUCCGCCGUUGCCUCGCGUGGAGCCUUUGCCUCCUGGCCCAUUCAAUCCAUUCAGUUCAAGUGCCUUUAUGCCGAGCCCUCCAAGCUCGCAGGACUCGUUCUCCGUCAAGUCAUCGUGGCCUGGUAGCGACCAUCCGGUGUCGCCUCCAUCUCCCGCUAGUUCGGUCGAGUGUUCUCUGAAGAAGAGCUUCUCGACCCAAAAAGCCUUUGGGUGGCCCAACGAUCUCUCCUACGCGGAAAUCAUGAAUCUGGUUGCGCCCCGGAACAUCAACCGCAAACCCCCGCUGCAGCAAUUGUGUGGACGCAAGCGCAAAAACAGCGAGGUCACCGGUGAUGUCGAUGACCAACGAGAGAAGCACCGCAUCGCCGAGGGAAACCGACGCAAGAACCUCAGCCAACUUCACCGAGAACUGGAUAGCCGUAUCCAUGACUUUUUCCUGGAACGCGCUGGCUGGAAUCCUGCAAAGAGCCUGCCCCAGUCGAAAGAGCACAUCGUGCAGGGGGCCAUCUUUCUCAUCGACUUCAUGCUGGUCGUCAUCACACAUCUGCUGCGACAGGAGAAACAGGUGUCGCCGCAACUGUCUGAAAACUUGCAGUCAUACCUUCGGUGUAUACAGUUGCAACAGCAGGUGAAUAGCUUACAGCAGCAGAACCAGACGGCCCAGCAGCAAGUGCGAACGCUCAAGCAAGAGAACGAAGCACUGGCCGAGCGCAACCGGGCGCUCGAGUUUCAACUCAAGUCCUACGACCAGAUGUUCCGCUCCCCCAAGAGUGAAGUCGUCAGCACUCCCCUGCUGGCGAGCAUCCCGGAAACCACUGAGAAGAAAGUGCUCCCGGGCCUACGGGUGUUCUGCGAUGAGGUCGCCGCCAUCGGGCCUGACUCUGAAUCCGUGUCGACCGGCACGUCCCAGAGCUUCGCCAACCGGUUCCUCCGCAGCACGCCGCCGAACACCAACCCACCAUCACCAAUCUGCUUGCCCUCGCGGCGAGAGUCUCUUGGCGCCAUACCAUGA